AUAAUAUCAAUUUCACUGAGAACUCUACGUACUUGUGUUAUCUCUUUAAAAUAUGCAAUAUAUUAACAGACGCAGCAAAAUGAAGAAAAAAGAGAACAGGGACCAGAGUUCCCACUUCUUUCUUUCCGUCUUAAAGUAUAAUCAUGUUGUGAUUCUUUAAUAGCAGUAUAAUUAUGCUGUGAUAUGUUUGUCACGCCACAGGAGAGUUAAUGCGUAUUCCUUUGGAGAGCAACAGAUAUGUGAUACACACUGACAGAUUCGAGCUCCAACUUGAUCAUUUUUGCUGGGGAAUACCAACAAUGAUCUGGCUUUGUGGAAACUCUGAGAGUCAAGGGAGAAAGCGAAUGCUCUCCACACCCUUCAUACCUAAGACCCUUCCGGAGGAUCAGGGCCGUCCAAUUCUGCAUUUGCGCUUCUACAAUAAGCUUCCUGUUGUUCGUGAGGAAAUCCUUGCAGAAGAAGAAUCGAUUAACUACAAGAAGAUCUCUCCGGAAGUCGAGUUGAUUGUGGAGGAGCAUUCUAUCGACAUGUCUAUUAGCUGCCUGUCAGUACCAAGUACACAGACUAAGAUAAUUACUGCCAAAAAGUUGAUGCAACUUACGAAGCACACAGAGUGUAUGAGCCUUCUCCAUCGAAGGUCAGAGGUUACUUUGAUCAUCAACCAGGAAAGUGAAAUAACAAUGACAUUCUGGACGGACAUAACAGGGUCUCGUUCUCUGAAUCAACCACAACACAUUUCAGGAACAAUCAUGGUAGACAGGGAUGCUCUGUUCGACGAACUCUCAAAAGAAAUUCCAGCUGGAAAGUAUACAACGUUUUGCAAGAAAAUAGGUGUGGGCUACAAUGAAGCUAAGACCAUGUUGACGAGGUGUAAGGAGGAUUACAACGUGGCUCUGAGAGACCUUCUAUCUCAAUGGGUUCUAAGGAUGAAGGGUGACACCAGGAAACAACUCGAAGAUGCCCUGGACGGAGCAGACGUCGGUGGACUCUGCUCCAUUGUGGAGAAACAUUAUGAAAAGAGACCCUGAUUGCCUGACGGACGAACAGCUUGUGGACCUAUCAAGGGAGCUUCUUGUAGUCAAGUUCAAUCCCAUAUCCAGCAGAUUAGGAUCCACUAUGACAGAAACAGAAAAUAUCCUAUCUUCAAGCAGCAAAGGAGAGGGUGCCUUUUUCACUGUGUUGACUAGUUGGCAAGAGAGAACGGGAGCAUCAAGAGAACGGAGGCACCAAGGCGACAAC